AUAUACCAAGUUUGUACUGUAUUAUUAUUUUUCUUUCUAAUGGUAAAUUGUUAAUAAUGAUCCCCGACGUACGUUUCACGUUUUAUUAAGAUUCUUAUAAAGAUAGUUAAAGUUUUGCGUUUCUAAAGUUUUGCAGUAGAAAUACCUAAGUAGGCUUUUGUUAUUAUUGUGGAAACAAGGGAUUGUCACAACUUCAUUUUUCCAUUUGAGCAUUUUUCAACAGAACUAUGUCGCGCAGGCCAAAACCACCGAGACCGCAGCAAAGACCUGUUGACGAUCGCACUCCUCCAGACGCAGCACAGUUGCCCGCUCCGGCUAUCGACAGUCGAGCCGUGAUGCAGUUUGAGCCUAACGGAACGCCGUUCGAGGUGGCUGCCGAUGAUUUGGAGCUGGUGCGCAAUCUGGGCCGUGGACAGUACGGCUCCGUGGACGAAUACCGGCACAGGGUGUCCAGACACCAUCUGGCUGUCAAGCGUAUUCGUGUCACGGAUGAUGCGGAGCAGCGGAAGCGGAUGCUGAUGGACUUGGAAGUUAACAAGCUCCUAAAUGGACUGGGUGGAGAGUGCCCGUACUUGGUCCGCUCCUUUGGCUCUCUGUUUCGCGAAGGCGAUGUUUGGAUUUGCAUGGAAGUAAUGGACACGUCGUUAGAUGCAUUUUACAAAAAGGUGUUCAUCUUGGGUCAUACAAUACCGGAGCGGGUUAUUGCGCACAUUGCCUGGGCUGCGCUUGUAGGUUUGAGUUUUCUGAAGUGUAAACUUGAUAUUAUGCAUCGCGAUGUCAAACCCAGCAAUAUGCUGCUUUCACGACGGGGAGAUGUGAAACUUUGUGAUUUUGGCAUCAGCGCAAAGCUGGUAAAAUCUCACGCAAAGACGGCAAUUGGAUCUCCCUGUUAUUUACCGCCGGAGCGAAUAACUCCUCCUAGCACCGAGUACGAGUACGACAUACGUUCCGAUGUUUGGAGUUAUGGUUUAAGUCUGAUUGAGAUUGCCCUUGGUAAAUUUCCCUAUAAAUCUUGGAGAGACAAAUUCGAGCAGAUGAAGGAAGUGGUCGGUGGUCCGCCGCCAUCUAUUCCGGACUUUCUCUUCUCACAUAAUUUCCGCGAUUUCGUUCGCAAGUGUUGCGAAAAGGAUGUUGAUUUGCGGCCCACUUAUCGCGAGCUGCAAGUAAUGCCAUUCUUGAUCAGUGCCGAAAUGGAUGUGCAAACCGUGAGUGAAUAUUUCGUCGCCAUUCUUGAUGCACCGGUUCCUAAUGAUAGCCGUUGUGUACAUCGUUCGCGGCCACCAUUGGCCAAACUGGACCAGAAGCAGCCUCAGAGGAACGAUGAUGCGCAUUCGCCCGCUCCUGGCAUUGAUACGCGAGCCACGAUGAAGUUCGAGAUCGAUGGCCCGGAGUACGAAGUGUCCUCCAAUGAUUUGGAUUUUGUGCGGAGUUUGGGUCGCGGACAGUACGGAUCCGUGGAUGAAUACAAACACAAGCCCUCGGGCUUCAUCUUCGCCGUUAAGCGCAUUCGUUCGACGGAUGAUCCGGAAGAACGCAAGACUAUGCUGAUGGAUUUGAACGUUAACAAGCUGAGCGCUGGCAAAUGUCCCUACGUUGUCCGGUCAUUUGGGGCACUGUUUAGUGAGGGUGAUCUCUGGAUCUGCAUGGAGAUUAUGGACAAGUCUUUAGAGAUGUUCUACAAGAAAGUCUUCAGUUUAAACCAAACUAUCCCAGAAAGUGUUAUCGCCCAUAUUGCAUUCGCGAUGAUUAGUGGAUUAAAAUUUCUGAAGGAUGAGCUGAACAUAAUGCACAGGGAUGUGAAGCCCAGCAAUAUUUUGCUUUCACGACGUGGUGAUGUGAAACUUUGUGAUUUCGGUAUCAGCGGUCAGCUGGUACAGUCCAUGGCCAAAACGAAGAUCGGGUGUUCGUUUUAUUUACCGCCUGAACGGGUGGAUCCCAUGGCCACCGCUGAGGGAGGUGGUUACGAUAUCCGGUCAGAUGUUUGGAGCUGCGGCAUCACAUUGAUUGAAAUUGCCAUAGGCAAGCUGCCUUAUAAAUCUUGGAAGAGUCUGUUUCAGCAGAUUAAUGAAGUGGUCCACGGACCACCGCCUACACUCCCAAGUGAUUCCCCUUAUUCCCAAGAUUUCCGCGACUUUGUUGACGCAUGUUGCCAGAAGGACGUUACGCAUCGGCCGAAGUACGACGUUUUAUUGGAGAUGCCCUUUUUGACAAAAGAAAAAGAGACCCCCAAGGACAUAAGCACCUAUGUGGUGGAGAUCUUGGAUACACCUAUUUCUAAUCCUGCUUGACCGCCUGCGAAUGUAGUGCAGUACAUCAGCCGAGUUUUCAUCUGUUGUUUUGUUGCGCGGUUUUUGUAUACUUGAUUGGGUCAUGCUGGUUGCGGGCGAAGUUGUUGUUUUGCGAGUGAUUAUAAUGUUACGUUACUUUUCAUGCAAUUUAGUCAUAAGGUUAAUCUGUUACUCCGAUGGACAACUGUGACGUUUUACAGUUUAAAACAUGUCAGUGAAUGGUCGUAAGUUUUGAUUAUUUGAUACUGCUACUGUAUUUAUACGAAAAUAAUAAAAAGGUGCGCAUG